UCCCCGUCCCCAAGAUGGCGUCCAUCAUGGAGGGUCCGCUGAGUAAAUGGACGAACGUGAUGAAGGGCUGGCAGUACCGCUGGUUUGUGUUGGAUUACAACGCCGGCCUGCUCUCCUACUACACGUCGAAGGACAAAAUGAUGAGAGGAUCACGGAGAGGAUGUGUCCGGCUCAGAGGGGCUGUAAUUGGCAUAGACGAUGAGGACGACAGCACCUUUACUAUAACGGUUGAUCAGAAAACCUUCCAUUUCCAGGCUCGAGAUGCUGAUGAACGCGAGAAGUGGAUUAAUGCUCUAGAAGAAACCAUCUUGCGUCACACACUGCAGAUACAGGGUGUGGAUUCAGGGUUUGUUCCAAGUGUUCAAGACUUCGAUAAGAAGCUUGCAGAGUCUGACGCAUACCUACAGAUUCUCAUUGACCAGAUCAAGUUGUUUGAUGACAAAAUUCAAAACUGCAAGGAUGAUGAACAGAGGAAGAGAAUUGAAAAUCUCAAGGACACCACAAGUAGCAUGGUAGAAUCAAUCAAACACUGCAUAGUUUUGCUGCAGAUUGCAAAGGAUCAAACUAAUGAGGACAAGCACGCAGAUGGACUUAUAAGCACCAUAAAUCCAGUGGACUCCAUUUACCAGCCUAUACCCUUGGAUCCACCAGUGAGCUGCACGAUGCCAUCACAAACUGUCCCAAUGCCAGAAUCAGAAUUGGCAGGUAAAGGGGAGCCACGGCCAUCCUCCUUAGCAGUUGGACCAGCAGUGACGACCAUUGGAAGCCACCAGACUCCAACUCCCAACAGUACAGGAAGCGGUCAAUCUGUCCCCAGCAGCAGCCUGACCUCCCCCAGCCAUGUUAAUCUGUCUCCGAACACCGUCCCAGAUUUCUCCUACUCCAGCAGUGAGGACGAGUUCUAUGAUGCCGACGAAUAUUAUCAGACCGGUUCCUCCCCAAAACGCGGCAUGGACUCAUCAGAGUCUGCGGCAGCCUUGACUCACAGUAGCACGGGAACCAGUUUGAAGAGACCAGAUACUGCAGAAUCCCUGAACUCCUCAAUGUCCAAUGGGACAAAUGAUGCAGAUCAGUUUGACACCCAUGAUGACCAUGAUGAUGGAGAAGGAGAGUCGGUAGAAGAACAUAAAAGUGUUAUAAUGCACCUCCUGUCUCAGGUCCGGCUGGGAAUGGACCUUACUAAGGUUGUGCUUCCCACUUUUAUUCUUGAAAGAAGAUCGCUUCUGGAAAUGUAUGCGGAUUUCUUUGCACAUCCAGACCUGUUUGUAAGCAUUGGUGACCACAAGGAUCCCAAAGACAGGAUGGUACAGGUGGUUAGAUGGUACCUAUCGGCAUUCCACGCUGGCAGGAAAGGAUCAGUGGCAAAGAAGCCUUAUAACCCCAUCCUGGGAGAGGUUUUCCAGUGUCAUUGGGAUUUGCCAGGUCUUGAAAAUGAAGAAAACGCUGAGACAGUUUCUGAAGGGCCAGUACCGUGGGCUUCCAAAAACAAUGUAACGUUUGUGUCCGAGCAGGUCUCGCACCACCCACCAAUUUCAGCCUUUUAUGCCGAAUGUUAUAACAAGAGAAUACAGUUUAACGCUCACAUAUGGACCAAGUCCAAAUUUUUAGGAAUGUCCAUUGGGGUCCACAAUAUUGGACAAGGCUGUGUCACUUGUUUGGACUAUGAUGAACAUUACAUCCUAACAUUCCCCAAUGGAUAUGGGAGAUCCAUCCUGACUGUGCCGUGGGUGGAACUCGGAGGAGAGUGCAGUAUUAAUUGUUCCAAAACCGGCUACAGUGCCACAAUCACCUUCCACACCAAACCUUUCUAUGGUGGGAAAAAACACAGAGUCACAGCGGAAAUCUAUCCUCCAAAUGAGAAGAAAUCAUUCUGUUCUGUCGAAGGGGAGUGGAAUGGGGUCAUGUAUGCAAAAUAUUCAAAUGGGGAAAAUUUAGUUUUUAUAGAUACCAAGAAGAUGCCUCCAGUGAAGAAAAAGGUUCGGAAAUUGGAAGAUCAACUUGACUAUGAAUCUCGAAGGCUGUGGAGAGAUGUAACGUAUAACUUGAAAAUCAGAGAUAUUGAUUCAGCAACAGAAGCAAAGCACAGUUUGGAAGAGAGACAGCGAGCGGAGGCGAGAGACCGCAAAGAGAAGGAAUCUCAGUGGGAGACCCGGUUGUUCCAUGAAGACGGAGAAUGCUGGGUAUAUGAUGAUCCGUUACUGAAAAGACAGCCUUCCUUGAAACAUUAAAAACUUUAAGUGACUUACAGAAUAAUUUGUGGCAGAACAUUUUCUGAAACCUGUAUCGUUCUUUCAAUGCCAAGAAAUGAAGGUAUCCGUAAAAGGCCAGAUGAGCAGAUACUCCCUGUAGUGCUGAGCCCGCCACUUACACUGCAGUGGUUCCUAACUCAGGGAAACUGGACUUUACAAACAGAUGGACAAUUCAAACAGGGUUCCAUCCCUGAACAACAUAAUGCUCAUAUCUUAUACCAUAUGCUUUAAUGGCCCUGUUCAUUCCCUUUAACACAAUGAAUUAGACUGACAAGUGUGUAUGCCGGUCUCUCUGUUCCCAUUAUAAAAGUGUGUAAUACAGGAACACAGAAAGAACCUUGCUCAUAAUUUCAUAUUCUUAUACUCUUUCUUGAUUGCAGGACUCAAAAUUGCAAUUGUAUAUCCAAACCUUUCAAUUAUUGUAUAUACAGCAUAAACCUGGAAUUUUAAUACAGCAUACAGAACUAUUUCAUUCUCGAAACUGGUUUCAUUCAUUUCUGUUGGACAUUCAGUCCCCAUACCUGCAGAAACUGAUUUUCAAUCAAUUAUCAACAUGCAUUCUCAAUACUUCUCAUAUAGCUUCAUCCAUGUUAUAUUUUCCUGCAUUUGUAUUUAUUUCCUAAUAAAGGUAGAACAAAUUA